CGUGAAGCGUAUUCUAAAUUAAAUAUAAACAUUAUUGCAUCUAGAGAUUUCCGAAAACGUUUCGCAAUCAUUUUCUAACCUCAGGCCACCGUACUGCGUCAGCUGUGACGUCAUUAGCAAAAACAAGGUUCACAAAGUGGGUUUUGAUUGCCUUCUUCAUCCCAACAUCUGCUCCUAAUUACAGAUUAUCCCAUUUAAAACGUCGGAACGUUCGGGUCGUUUGCGUUUUAGCGUUUGCGCUCCAUGGUUUGUUGCCUCUCGCUUAUUUUACUAACAAGAUUUAGCUAACGGGACGCUAGCGUCAUGCUAAUAUCACGAGGUGAAUAUUUGAUGUCAGCAGUAAUCAGUAAUAAUAUUUAGCGCUAAAUCACGUCACGCCACCUCCUGCUAACCAGGGAAUCUGAUACCGACAAACAGAUGACUGGCUGAUCCAAACCAAAAGCACUCUUAAAGAUUUCCCCCAAACAGUCUUUGAAAGUGGACACUAAAGGACAGACUCGCAGGGUGUCAGGACACAGUGGAUCAUGUCGGACCUGGACACCCUCAUCGUGACCUUUCAGACCCAGCUCUCCGACGUGAUGGAGGCCGUAGUGAAGACGGCGAUGUUCGAGGUGACCAGGCUGGUGGAGGAUGUCUUCAUGAUGGAGGUGAGGCGCAGCAAACUGGAGGUGGACUCUCUGAGGCUGCAGCUGCAGUGGACUGGGAGCAAACACGGCGGGGAUGCAGGACGGACCGACGGGUCUGUUGAGUUGGAGAGCAGUGAAGCGGAUCAGAGUCCUGUCGUGGUAAAAGCAAAAACGGAGGAGCAUGACACAAUGAGUGACUGCGAGGUGAAGAAUCCAGACGGUGCAGUUGAACAUUGGUUGUCAAAUGGCAGCGAAGAAUCCAAGACGGGGUCAGCAGACAAUCCAGAACCGAUCCAGAGCCCUGGAAGAGGGUCAAAGGUCACAGGCGAGAAGGAAAUCAUGGCAUCUAUUGAAAUGAAAGCGGAAGAACUAACCAAACCGUCUUCCUGUUCUUUGCAUUUGAGAGAGUGGAGCAGUACUUCUGAUCGUGAAGCUGGACCAGAGAAUGCAGGUGACUUGCUAGAGGCACAGCCGACACCAGCCCAAGCAAACGGUGAAGAGCUGCAGAGAAAUGUCAUUAAGAGCGACCCACAGAUGUCCACUGAUUGUGCGUAUCCCGAGACCCAGGACGAAACAGAAGCUUUUGAACUUGAUUCCAAGUGGGCUGACUUGCCGGCCACAGCAGCUGGGCUCCAGCAGAAUCACAAGCUUGGCACAGAACCCGAGUUUCCAGGCCCACCUAAAGGUUCUGUGAAUUAUCUGGAGCAUGAGCUUCCUGGCUCUGCCAGAGUAGAUGUUCAGCUUACCUCAGUCAGAGAUCAGGUUUCCCUUUCUGAAUCUCCCAAAGCCAGACUGCGAGCCAACAACACUCUGAGCGUGAUCGUUAAAGAAGAAGUCCUUAUCGAUUCUGAUGGGUUCACAGACAGGGCGAGUACAGAAAAGAAAGCUGGGACACAAUCAUUCACCGGAUCGUUACAGGGACAAAGGGUGAACUUGGUACACAAACCAAACCACUUUUACCACAGAUCCUCAGCACAGGAGGGAGUGAAGCUCCAGUCUCACAGGGGUUCAGGACUCAGGCUACAGGCAGCCAUACAACACCUCCACCGACCACCGAAAAGGCCUCCACACAGACUGUCCAACAUGACAACGGCAGCGCUUUCCGACCCUCGCUCUCAGGUUGCACCUUCGAAUAACCCUAACAGGGUUUCCUCCACAUCCAAAGCUGCUUCGUCUUUGCAGCCACUGCAGCGCGUUCACCUGGGUGACAAGCAAACUGCAGCUCUGCAUCGCGCCAGCGCCUCGUGGGUCGGCAUCAAAUCCCACCAUCACCCUGCAAACUGCCAUCAGUCGGCCCGCAACCCCGUCUCCCUUCCCGAUUCUCCGCUUUACAGGCCCUUCCUGCGCUGCGAGGAGUGUGACAAGAGCUUUCCCCACCCCAGCAACCUGAAGGCCCACAUGCAGAUUCACACAGGCGAACGGCCGUUUUGCUGCCCGCUCUGCGGCCGCAGCUUCACCAAGCUCAGCAACCUCAAAGCCCACCGGCGCGUCCACACGGGCGAGAGACCUUACUGCUGCUUGGCAUGCGGCAAACGCUUCACCCAGAAAUGCAACCUGAAACGCCACCAGAGGAUCCAUCUGGACGUUUGACCUCAGAGGUCUGGAGGAGAAAGAAAAUUCAUGAGUGUUUUGUGUUUUUAGCUUGAGACGGUCGGAGCUCAUGUUGCAGUGCAGCACAGUUGGUGGGCUGCAUCACGAGACUACACCUCUAGAUUUGAUUAGUUCUGUGCACUCCUGUGAAGCUCACCUGCUAAUCUCUACAGGUGUGCUGGGCUCACUGUAGGAUGACAAACACUGUGUGUGGUGUGUGUUUCAUAUUGUUAGAUGAACCAGCUAAUAAGUCAUACCAGAAAUUAAAUGUUUAGAGUUAUUUCUUAUGUGGACCGCAAGUUAUUUAUAAAUGCAGUGCCAUGAAAAAGUGUUUGCUCCCUUAAAAAUGUUUGCUAUGA